AUGGCUUUGCGCGGGGUGCCGAUUCGUCUGGGAGUUCACCGUGUUGGAUAUACACACCCCAGCACUCUUCCAGUUCCGUGUGCACAGCGUUGGGACUUGCGGCUGGCGCGAGCCCGCAUCUUUCAGGAGUACAUUGAGGAGAAGGCACCGGGUGCGUGGCAGUUAGAGGACGAGCGGUCAAUGUCGCCGGAGUUUAAGACAUUUACAGGGUAUCCAAUGCGGGAGAUGCGUCCGGGAUACGGGCAGAACCUUCCGGACUUCAUUAUGAAAAAACGAUUACCAAACAACACACAUUAUGAAUUAUUUGCCCGACGUGAUAUUCCUAACGAAGACAACGCUAUGUACGGAAAGUAUCUCUAUGAUAUGACUGUGCAUGGGACUUCGCUUCCGUCGACCUAUAGAAUGCACAAGGACAUAAAUAAGGCUCAGCGUAACGACCGGAAACUUUCAGGCAACCGAUUCAGGGUACUCUGUUCGUCUGGAGCGAAGAAACCACCUUCCGGAUGGGAGCCAAUUCCAGAUGCAACGGAGGAGGAGGAGUAG